UUAUAAUUAUUAUUAGUUCUGGAUUUCCCUCAGGUGCUUUUUGUGUAACGACUAACCAUGGCGUUGAGAUCGUCAGGUAGUCGAAAGCUCUCUUUCGAGAUUUUAAGCAAGAAUAAAUAUUUAGAAGGAGGAGGUCCAUCUUUAAUUUACCAAUCGAGUUCAGAUCCAUUCCAAUCCCAAAACGGCGGUAAUCCUUCCCGCCAUAAUCGCAAGAAGAAGAAACAUAAGAAGAGAAAGGAUUCUACGACUGACCUCCCGAUUAUCGCGGAAGAUCUGGUCGACAAACAGCGCGGGAGCAGUGGCGGCAGCGUCUUGGCUGAGUCGAAAUCGGAGAACUAUGGGAGCAGAGACAAUGGAAACGUUAACAGGAUCAGUUACGUUGGUGGCGGGAGCGUCGUGGUUCUGGAGGAGAGCGUGUGCCAGAAUGUCUGUGGUUUUGGAGAAUUGAGGCAGAGGAAUGUAAAUGGAGUGGUCGCUGGCGGAGGGGAUGAUAUGGAGACCGUGGCAGCAAGGGCGGACGAGAGUGUUGUUGAGGUGAGUAGUUCGAAGGAGCCGUUUCCGCCAGUGGCGCCUCAGUCAAUGGCCAAUGGGAAUGUGGUGAAUACGCUGAAAACAUCUGAGUUGCUGGAUUGGAAACGGGUCAUGGCAGAGGAUCCUAACUAUCUUUAUACUGUGGAUAAAUCGCCAUUAAAAUAUUUUUUGGACGAAAUGCAUUAUGGAAAUUCAUUGCGGAACACUACAACACUUGGUAGUGAGAAAGAACGAGAAAGAGUAUAUGACACCAUCUUCCGCUUGCCAUGGAGAUGUGAAGUGCUAAUAUCUGUUGGAUUCUUCAUCUGCUUCGAUUCAUUUCUGUCCUUGUUAACUAUCAUGCCAACAAGGGUUCUGAUUACGUUUUGGAGGCUCCUGACUACAAGGCAGUUCAAAUGGCCUUCUGCAGCAGAACUGUGUGAUUUUGGCUGCUUUCUUGUUCUGGCCUGUGGAGUCAUUGUCUUGGGUCGAACAGAUAUCAGCCUGAUAUAUCACAUGAUUCGCGGUCAAGGAACAAUCAAACUCUAUGUGGUUUACAAUGUGUGGGAGAUAUUCGAUAAAUUAUGCCAAAGAUUUGGUGGAGAUGUGUUAGAAACGCUAUUUAAUUCUGCAGAAGGACUAGCUAAUUGCUCUCAGGAAAACAUGGGAUUCUGGAUUCGCAGAUUUGUUUCUGACCAAGCAUUGACCAUGGCUUUCUCAAUUCUUCAUUCUUUUAUUUUAUUAGCUCAGGCAAUUACUUUAUCGACUUGCAUCGUCGCUCAUAAUAAUGCACUAUUUGCUUUGUUGGUAUCCAAUAACUUUGCUGAGAUAAAGAGCAAUGUCUUCAAGCGCUUUAGCAGGGAUAACAUCCACGGUCUGGCAUACUCAGACUCGGUAGAGAGAUUCCACAUUUCAGCAUGUCUCUUAUUCGUUUUAGCUCAAAAUAUUUUGGAAGCAGAAGGUCCUUGGUUUGAAAGUUUUCUAUUUAACGCGUUUGUGGUUUUUGUUUGUGAAAUGUUAAUUGAUAUCAUAAAGCAUUCAUUCCUCGCCAAAUUCAAUGAUAUAAAACCCAUUGCAUACUCCGAGUUUCUCGAAGAUUUAUGCAAGCAGACCUUGAAUAUACAAACUGAAGAUUGCAAGAAAAAUCUCACUUUUGUACCUCUUGCACCAGCUUGCGUGGUAAUUCGAGUGUUGACUCCGGUGUAUGCAGCUCACCUUCCCUGCAGUCCUCUGGCAUGGAGAUUCUUUUGGAUCCUUGUAUUGAUUUCCAUGACCUAUAUCAUGCUCACAAGCUUAAAAGUGAUGAUCGGUAUGGGACUACAAAAACAUGCAACCUGGUAUGUCAGUAGGUGUCGUAAAAGAAAACAUCAUCUCGAUUGAUUUGAUUCAAAAAUGGUGGCCCGUUACCUGUUGCAUGCAUAUGGUUGUUUUGGGUUCAGCACUUAUCAAUCAAUCAUAUAAUAAAUGCAACAAGAAGAUGGAGGUUUCAGAAUGAGAGUGGUAGCAGGACAUAGCAUAUGAUAUCGCGAUCUGACUACCGACGAGUAUACUGAUUCUUUUGUAGAGAAGAUGUUCAGUUGCUGGGUUCAGGGAGUUAGUCUUUUGAUAUGAUUGAAGGUUUAAGUAUUCCAACUCCUCUUUAAUCUUAUGCUGCUGCUGCAUUUCUUGCAUUUACAUUGCUUCUUCUUCUUUUCUUUUCUUUUCUUUUUUUUUUGUUUUUGGUGUAGUGAGGAAGGGGAUGGUGAAAAUAGAAAUAAAAAUUAUUUGUAUAGUUUUAACUAAUUUUUGGCUCCUAAUGCCUUGUUGGCCCUAAUCUUCUAACUAGUCCCACUUUUCCACUUUGUAGUUGACUGUUUAAAGUCCAGUUAAUAAAAUAAAAUUUUAAGUUGAAUUA